CGUUAUUUUAGUUAUUUUGUUUUUGAUAUACGACAAAUCGUUUAAUAUAGUUUAAUAAUACACAUAUAUACGUACAUCACAAUCUGAUAAAUUGCAAAUCACGUGUAUUGUAUCCAAGUCCCCAAUUCUAAACCACUGCUCUCUCUUAUGCACUUGUCUACGCAUAUCGAACAUCCCUAUUUAAGUUUUACGUAUUACUCUCUCUCUCUCUCUCUAGAUGUGGUCCUCGCCCUCUAUAUAACACCAUUAUUUCUUCUUCUUUUUCUCCCUUUCUGUCGACAAACACAAGCCAUUCUACUUAUUCCUAACCCAAGCGAGAGAGUGUUUUCUUAGAUACAUAUACAUGCAAAUUCUUUUAAGUUAAACAUACCACAUAAAUAUGUCGUCUAGCAGAAGGUCGAGACAAGCAAGCUCGUCAUCAAGGAUUAACGAUGAUCAGAUCACUGAACUUAUUUCAAAGCUCCGACAAUCUAUUCCAGAGAUUCGCCAGAACCGUCGUUCCAACACGGUAUCAGCGUCGAAGGUGUUACAAGAGACUUGCAAUUACAUAAGAAACUUGAACAAAGAAGCCGAUGAUCUCAGUGAUCGAUUGUCUCAGCUUCUGGAGACCAUUGAUCCUAAUAGCCCACAAGCAGCCGUUAUUAGGAGUUUGAUUAAUGAAUAGCUAAGAUAUAUGUACUUUAUAUAUCAUUUUACAAUAUCGUUGCGAGGUCUAUCUAUCAGGGUUUCUGCUUAAUUAUCUGUUAUAUGUUUUAUAUAUUAGUUACAAGUCUAGCUAGCUAGGGUUCUUAUUGGACCCUCUUCUGGUUUUAAAUCAUGCAUGCAACUUAAGCUUUAUAAAUAUAAUAAGUUACAUUUCA